AUGUCGGUGAACAAAGAGGCUAGUCAAGCUAGUUCUAGCCAAGAAUCGGCUCAAUUGUUGGCAACAGAAAUUAAGGGUCUUCCCUGCUUCAACCCCAAGGAUGACCCGAAUACAUUGUCCAUUCGUUGGAAGCGCUGGAAGCGAUCUUUCAACUUAUACGUAAGCGCAAAAGGGAUCACCAUGGAUUUGCAAAAGGUAGCGUUACUAUUGCAUACUGGUGGGGCCGAUUUUCAAGAGUUAUACUACACUUUGAUACCUGAAGAAGAAGAAAAGAGCUUGGAGGAGAGUUUUGAGGUGCUAGAUAAUUAUUUUAUACCGAAAGUAAACAUGUCUUUUGAAAGACAUUUGUUUCGACAAAUGAGCCAAGCUGCAGGAGAGACGGUGGAUCAGUUUGUGUGUCAGUUGAGACAAAAAGCUAUCACAUGUGAUUUUGCGAAGGUUGAUGAGACAAUAAGGGACCAGCUUAUUGAGAAAUGCGGAAAUGCUAGACUUCGUCGGAAGUUCUUGGAGAGAGCUAACGUAAGUUUGAAGGAUUUGCAGGAGAUUGCAAGAGCAUUUGAAGCAGUAGAAAUUCAGAUGAAAUCCUUGGAACAGCCUGGUUCGCAACACAAACCAGGGGAGGGUCAGGUAAACUCAGUGGGACGUGGUUUUAUAAAAAAAGGCAAGAAGGGAAACAAAGAUGGAAACAACGUUAGUGGUCAACGCAAGGGAACUGGGACUGAGCAAAGAUGUUUCAACUGUAACCACACCGGUCAUUUCGCUAGGGAUAGAACUUGCCCCGCUAGGGAUCAAAAGUGUAAUGAAUGUGGUGUUACUGGGCAUUUUGCUGCAUGCUGCAGAAAGCGGGACACUAAAAAUCCAAAAGGAUGGCAUAAGAAAGAAAAUGAAGCCGGAAAGAAGAAAGUGUAUCGUGUUGAUGAAGAGGAAAAACCAAGAGCCAGGGAGGACUAUGGAUCGUCGUUGGAAAAGGCCAAGCAUGUGUUGGCGAGAUUACUCUUAUGA